AACAGUGCCCUCCAGGGGGUGAUGGGUUAACCUGCCAAGAGGCCUACAGCUGUGGCCUUGGGUAAGAGAUUAAUGUAGUGUGUAAUAUAGUGUAGGUAGGCCAGCUAGUUGUUAGCACUGAAAAUGGAAGGUUAAGUUUCUGUUUUUUCUCUCCACCAUGGAAGUCUGCUGGCUUGAGACUGCGUGGCAGGGUUUGGGUCUAGUUACAUCGGGCAAGUCUUAAGAACAGGUCUGGGGCUCGGACAUGAGCUCCCAAGAGACCCCACAAGCUCGGAGAUUUCCCAUAGAGGCAGGAGAUUCUCCCAGCCUGGCAACUGCCCCUGAUACCCAGGAGCCGGUUGCCCCUGAGCGCACUGCGACGAGGCAGCUGCGAAGAUGUCCAGGGUGCCACUGCCUGACCCUGCCCAACGUUCCCAUUGACGUCUACAUUGCCAUGGGUGGGAGCCACAGGCCACGAACAACCUGAAGUCUCCCCCAGGUCGGGCUCAAGUGCUGAGGCCACAGCAGCUGUCCCAGGAAACACUCUGACAGCCAGACAACAGCAAAGCAAGCCACACAGAACAGUGACGCACAUUUUAAUAAAAGGACACCUUAAAAUGUU